AUGGGUGCAACCCUUGAGUGCCAGCGUGACUAUGUGUUCACUCUACCCUGUGUGGAGGAACGUCUACGUCAAGCGGCCGGCCGAACAUUGGUGACGUGGAUCAUUGGUCAUAGGCCUAAGGCUCCUAAGGAGGUGGUGAGCUGCCAGGCACUUCGUGAGAGGUACUUGGAGCCGCACCUAACGACUCAAAGUCAAUACAAGACAUGCCUUGACAUGCAAGCACGUGAUGCACCGGUUCCACCGAUCAAGUGUAUACCCAUUCUCUUGUUCGCAGGCGAAACAGUGAGCGAAGAAGACGAUGCCUUCGAUCGCUGGGUGCACCAUAUGCGUCGUCUCAGCAAUAUGUUUGUUCUAAGAGCUAGUGUCAAUGUGGCUGAUGUGCGUCUCGAACGCAAGCUUCGGUAUGAUUAUGCCAAGCUUAAGGCCAGAGACCAAUUGCGCAAGCGCACGCGCUAUGCUUCGGCUACUACGGUAGACGCGAGUGCUGGUCAGUCUGUGACCAACAACCCGCCAACCCACUCCACUAGUGGUGGAAACGGCCUCGGUCUCGAUAUGACCAUGACCACGAUACUCAAAAGCAUCCAAAGCAUAAGGGCAGUCUUGCCGAAGGGGUAUCUCAAACUUCCAUGA